GAACGAGAGAGAGCGAGAACGAGAGAGAAGAACGAGAGAGAGAACGAGAGAGAGAGAGAACGAGAAGAGAGAGAGAGAAGAGAGAGAGAGAACGAGAGAGAGAACGAGAGAGAGAGAGAACGAGAGAGAGAACGAGAGAGAGAGAGAAGAGAACGAGAGAGAGAACGAGAGAGAGAACGAGAGAGAGAGAGAGAGAGAGAGAGAGAACGAGAGAGAGAGAGAAGAGAGAGAGAAACGAGAGAGAGAGAGAGAGAACGAGAGAGAGAGAGAGAACGAGAGAGAGAGCGAGAGAAAGAGAACGAGAGAGAGAAACGAGAGAGAGAGAGAACGAGAGAGAGAGAAAACGAGAGAGAACGAGAGAGAGAGCGAGAGAGAGAACGAGAGAGAGAGAGAACGAGAGAGAGAACGAGAGAGAGAGAGAACGAUAGAGAGAGAGAACGAGAGAGAGAGAGAACGAGAGAGAGAGAACGAGAGAGAGAGAGAGAGAACGAGAGAGAGAGAGAGAGAACGAGAGAGAGAGAGAACGAGAGAAAGAGAGAGAACGAGAGAGAGAACAGGAACGAGAGAGAACGAGAGAGAGAGAGAGAACGAGAGAGAGAGAGAGAGAGAGAGAACGAGAGAGAGAGAGAGACGAGAGAGAACGAGAGAGAGAGAGCGAGAGAGAGACGAGAGCGAGAACGAGAGAGAGAGAGAAAUCAGAGAGAGAACGAUAGAGAGAGAGAACGAGAGAGAGAGAGAGAGAGAGACGAGAGAGAGAGAAGAGAGAGAGAGAGAGAGAGAGAGAGAGAGAACGAGAAACGAGAGAGAGAGAACAGAACGAGAGAGAGAGAGAGAGCGAGCGAGAACGAGAGAACGAGAGAGAACGAAGAGAGAGAGAGAACGAGAGAGAGAACGAGAGAUAGAGAGAGAGAACGAGAGAGAGAGAAGAGAGAGAGAACGAGAGAAGAACGAGAGAGAGAGAGAGAGAACGAGAGAGAGAGCGAGAGAGAGAGCGAGAGAGAGAGCGAGCCGACUUCACCGUCAGCCAGUCAUGUGGUCCCUCCCCCUGCCUCCCAGCUCACGCCCGGGAAGCAUCGCAGGUCACCGUCAGCCAGUCAUGUGGUCCCUCCCCCUGCCUCCCAGCUCAUGCCCAGGAAGCAUCGCAGGUCACCGUCAGCCAGUCAUGUGGUCCCUCCCCCUGCCUCCCAGCUCACGCCCGGGAAGCAUCGCAGGUCACCGUCAGCCAGUCAUGUGGUCCCUCCCCCUGCCUCCCAGCUCACGCCCGGGAAGCAUCGCAGGUGCAAUCUCUUUUCACUCGGUUCUAAAUCCUCCCACCAAUGGGCCAGCCGCCAAAUACUCAGCCCCCUCCUGUACUCUCUGUUCACACACGCCUCCAACUCAAUUAUCAAGUUUGCAGACCACACAACAGUAGUAGUCCUGAUUACCAACAAUGACGAGACAGCCUACUGGGAGGAUGUGAGGGCUCUGGGAGAGUGGUGCCAGGAAAAUAACCUCUCACUCAACGUCAACAAAACAAAGGAGCUGAUUGUGGAAUUCUGGAAACAGCAGAGGGAACACGACUGGACCACAGUAGAUAAGGUGGAAAGUUUCAAGUUCCUUGGCGUACACAUCACUGACAAUCUGAAAUGGUCCACCCACACAGACAGUGUAGUGAACAAGGCACAACAGCAUCUCUUCAACCUCAGGAGACUGAAGAAAUUUGGCUUCACCCCUAAAACCCUCACAAACUUACUUCCUGGUAUGGCAACUGCACCGCCUGCAACCGCAGGGCUCUCCAGAUGGUAG